AUGGCCAUCAGGUGCCUUUGCUCCAGCCAGUCCUUAGCUCCCCCACUGCGUUUCUCUGCAUUUUUGGACCCCUUGCACAAGAUCUACCUCCGAUGGGACCAUGAUGAUGAAAAUGCCAUGGUAACUUUUGAGCUUCAAGUUCAGUCAACUGGAUGGGUGGCCUUUGGCUUCACCAUUGAUAAAGAGAUGACUGGGGCAGACCUUGUGAUUGGGGGAGUCCUUCCUGAUGGCACCACCUAUUUCUCGGACUGGCAUGCCGUGGAUGAGGAAACCAUCUUGGAGGAUGAAAGGCAAGACUACGAGUUGCUGUCAUUGAGCCAGGAUGCAACUUCCACCACGCUGGCAUUCAGGCGACAUUUUCGGACGUGUGAUGAACAUGACCAGGACAUCACGAAUGAUACACUACGCGUGGUUUCUGGUUAUGGAGCAGAUGACACCAUUGACUUCUUCACAGGAACUAUUAUCCACAAGUCGCUUUUCUUAAUGCUGCUGUCAACUGAAGAUGAGCUGCAUACUCCCAGUGUCUAUCACGUGUAUGAUCUCAAGCUAAAUGAUUUCCCCAUCCCAGUCGAUGAGACCACCUAUACCUGCACUUUCAUCCCCCUGCCCAUAGUCAAGACGAAACAUCAUAUCUACAAGUUUGAGCCUAUGAUCACACCCCGGAAUAUCACUGUGGUGCACCACAUCCUAGUUUACGCCUGUGGCAAUGGAAGCGUCCUGCCUCAAGGCAUCAGUGACUGCUAUGGAGCGGAUCCUGAUUUUGCCCUGUGCUCCCAAGUUCUUGUGGGCUGGGCUGUUGGAGGAAGGUCCUACAUGUUCCCAGAUGAAACAGGGAUCUCCAUUGGUACACCACGGGACCCCCAGUGGAUCCGGCUGGAAAUCCACUACAGCAAUUUUGACUUAAUUCCAGACUUAAUUGACAACUCAGGGAUACGACUCUACUAUACCCCAGAGCUGCGUCCUUAUGACAUGGGGGUGCUGCAGACGGGAAUCUUCACCUUUCCAAUCCAUUUCAUCCCCCCCGAAGCAGAUUCUUUCAGGUCCUAUGGCAUCUGCAACACCAGUCUUUUUGAAGAGAUGAAUGGGGCUCCAGUGCCUGAUAUGCAUGUCUUUGGUUACCUGCUGCACACCCACUUGGCUGGAAGGGGAGUGAGAGGUGUCCAGUACCGGAAUGGAAAGCAGCUAAGAAUCCUCUGUGAAGACAAUAAGUAUGAUUUCACCCUCCAGGAGACAAGAACCUUGAAAAAGGUCAUCAUUUUGAAACCUGGAGAUGAAUUCCUGGUGGAAUGUCUCUAUCAGACCCUAGAUCGGACAGAGUUGACCUUUGGAGGGCCAAGCACCCUGAAUGAAAUGUGCCUGGUAUUCCUCUUCUACUAUCCUCGCAACUUCAUCUCCAGCUGCCAAGGAUACCCAGACAUUCAAUAUGUUGCUCAACAACUUGGCCAGGAGGCUGCAGAUGCAACGGAAGGAAUGAUGGCCAUUAACCUGGUGGAAUGGGACAAGGAGACCGUCCAGAAGGCAGAGAAGGCAUGCAAAGAGGCAGACCAGAUUAUGUUAGUCAAAACCAUUGAUGAACUGGUGAAAAACGAAACAAGCUUCAUUCGAGAUAUUGUUGAUACCACACCAGGACCCUGCAAGGACAUUUCCAAAUCCAGGGCUGUGCCUCGGCCAAAGCGGCAAGCCGAGAUCCAGGCAGCUACAAUGGAAAAUGUGCAAGAGAAAACACUGACAGUGAGGAUGGUGUGGCGUGAGGCCAGCACUGACAUCUGA